AUGGGCAGAGAAAUGGAGAGGCAGAGACCAAAGAACUGUUCAGGUGAUGGAUUGACUGUGAGAUGCACUGCUGCUGCUGCUGCUGCUGUUGUGAGUCUUGUAUCCACAAAUGGUCAGAGUGAUGUGGAUUUUCCAGCCUUUCUGUUUGGGUGGGGUAGGGGGAAAAGAGGAUUAGAGUUUGCAGAUUCAUCUGCAAAGCUUACUGAGAAAGUGAAAAUGCAGUGCAUAUAUCCAGAAAAAAGAGCUGUGAUAAUCCAGACAUCCUGGAUGAAACUUAAUGUAACUCUUAGAGAAAAUACAGCUGUCUUGAAUCCAAUCUAUGGCAUACAUAUCAAAGACAAAUACAAUAGAAGAAUUUAUUUUGAAAAUACUGCCUUCAUCAAGAGCACUUUGGAAGAUGAUGGUCUCCAUUAUAACCAAAUUUUCUCCAUUGUAACUAAUCCAGAUGGAAUUUUGAAAAAGGUAAUAGAAACUACUCAUUCAACAGAUGCUUUUGAAGUGUGUGAGAAACAAAAUAAUCCCAUGUUUACCAAGCCAGGAGGAAAUGUUGCUUUUACUUGCACUGAUAAAAUUGGAGAUUCAGUGAAGCGAGUGGUGUGGGAAAGGAUUAAAGCAGAUUGGGUAGAUUUUGUCAUUCUGUGCAACUCAUCAGGAAAGCAAAGCUUUUUUGGUUUAGAUUUCAAAGAAUGUACACCAGUGGAUUGCUCUGAUCAGGAAAACUCCAGGAUUAUCUUUCAAUACAUUACAGCCUCUGACUUUGUGAUAUACUUCUGUGUAGCUGCUGGGAGAAACAAAAACUAUAUGAUGAAUUUUACUGUGGCUGCAGCUUGGGAUCACAAAUGGUUUAUUACCUACCUAGCUGAAAGGAUUUCUGCUGCUGUUUUAGUGUUAGAUUUCUUACUGAUCUUCUGCACCACUACUGCUUAUCACAAAAAAAGAAAGAAGAGGAGGAUCACAGACGCUUUAUCAAAAGUUUUGUACUCUACUCCGAUCUGGCCCUCCUUAGGCGCAGUCCCAAAGACCGAGAGUGGGACAGUGCCCCCCGGGCUGCAAGUGGUGCCGGCCAGCUUGCCGGGCCGCUCGAGAAGGCCGACCCUUCUCCUCUCCUGCCUCGCAGCCUCAGCUCCCGGCACUCCAGGCCCUCCACAGAAGUUUCCAGAGAAAAAGGGGGUGGCAGAGAGUGACUGGCAGGGCACCGGGGAGGGGUUUGGAAAAACACACAUUGGUCUCCAGGGAAACCGGGGAGGAACUGGGCCUCCUUCUAACAGUUAUGGAAGAUCCAAUUUUCAUGGCAUACAGAGCAGAGAAAGAAGAGGAGAAGAAUCAUCACUCAGGCAGACAGAGGAGAUUUAUGUCAAUUGCAAAAACGUCUCACACAAACAUAAGAAAAGAUCAUUAAGUUCUUUCUUAAGAAUGAAGCAAUCAAAGCACAGGCCUUUUAUUUACAGAAUAGACUUUAUUUUCUCCAUGCUGGCAAGAUGUGGAAGGUCAAACUGGCUGUGCUGGUAUGGCCUGAGCUGCUUUGGCAGGACAGUGACGACACCCCGGCUGUGCUGGUGUUGUAUUGCAGCCUGCAGAGUUACCCUAUCCCUUAAUUCAUAUGCAGGAUUAGAGACUAUUUGUCCUUCUGCAAUAGAAACACUUUUUCCUAGUAGGUGGACUCUUAAGGAUCAAUUUUAG